GCUGCAGUGUCCACCAGCACCAGUGGCCAUUUUAAGAUGUGGCAGUAUUUGUGGUGACCACUAGGAGACGCUGUGUUUACACGGAUAGUCCAGGCCAGACCGUGAACGCGAGUACGGUGGGCCCCUGCUCCCAUAGUGACACGUACACGCAAGUGCGCACACACACACACACAGAGACACGCACGAGGUAUCUGGCUGCGUGCCAGAUGCAACGGAGGGCUCUCACAAGAGGUGGACUGGACUCCGCCGUCCCCGUGUGAGAGGAGUCACCUUUAACGGGCAGCAGCGUCACAGAGGGACAGAACGGAGAACGGCGACGCUUUACAAGUGGAGGAACACUAGCAUGUAGGUGUUCCUACUGACAGCUGUCCGUGCAUGUUGAAGUGUUCCUGUGGAUGUGAUGGGGGUCGCUCAGACCACGGUCUCGGCUGCAGAGUCCACUUCGCAUUUUGAGCGACGCCCCCAAAUUCCGUGCAGAGUGUUUGCAGACCCUCCGGGACGGAGAGGUGGAGGAGGAAUCGGCAGCUCCGCCGUCCAUAUACACCACAAUCAGCACGCCAUUAGUUCAUGACUUCAUCAUACGUGUGACAGGAAGAGUUCGGGCCCUAUUUAGAAGCUCUCCAGGACUCUGAGGCUGCUGCAGAGAAUGGGAAUAGGGACACAGGCCAAGGCUUGCCAUUUUGGCUGAAGUAACAGCAGGACGGUUGUCAACCCCGCAUCGGCUUCAAUCCCCUUCUCCCUCACCUCUCCUCCCACACACACACACACACACACACACACACACACACACACACUCGCACAAGGACAGACACCCCCACACACAGCCACUGCUAUGUCCACUGCCGUAGACAUCGCUGGCCCUUCCUCCCCAGAUCAGGCCCACAGCAGUGCUAAAAUCCCCAAUGAGCCACUGAGACCCAGCCUUAAGCGCUCCAACCACCCCUACGGCCUCUCCCAUUACAUCUCCAGCCCUUCCCCGGCCGUGGACGUCAAAGGCCUGAUCCAGCCCUCCCCGGCCCAGCAGCGGGCUGCCCAGCCUGUGCACACCAAACCUCGCCGGGCCCCCUCCUGGCCUGACAUGUGGGAGUCGCCCAGCGGGCUCCACCUGGCCCACGCCGCAGAGCUGCUGAUGCGCGCCGGGCUGCUGGCUCUGACCCCUGCCACCACAGAGCAGGCCGGCCUGGGCGCACAGAGCAGCCAGCCCGCUAAAAGGGAGGCUGCAGAGGCAAAGGGGGACGGGGAGGGAGGUGGAUCCGGGCCUGAGGAGGAGGAAGAGGACUCCUCUGGAUGCGGCACUGACUUCCAACCCUUCCUGGGGGCUUGGUUCCCCUUCAGCCCCGCUCUGUUUCCCCUGGCAGGCUUCCAGAUGGGGGGAGGCCACUGGAGGAGCGCGGCCAUGGGAGCUGAGGGCAUCGAGGGGCUGGUGGCCGAGGGCUACUCCCCCGGCUCUCUGGGCGGGGGCGGCGGAGGGAGAAGGAAGAGGAAGAGGUGCGGGGAGUGCGUACCUUGUCGGCGUCAGACGAACUGCGAACAGUGCAGCAGCUGUCGCAAUCGCAAGAGGGGACACCAGAUCUGUAAAUACAGGAAGUGCGAGGAGCUGAAGAGGAAGCCGGGAGGUCCCGGGUUUGAGAGCAGAGUGUCCGGGUUUGACCUAAGGGGCUCCGACUUUACUUUGGGUCUGGCACAGGAGAGAGGCAACGGCGCCUUGGAUGGAUAGUAACGUAUGCGGUGGCAGCAUUUGUCAGAGGAUCCUGGUUGGAUGAUUGUUGAGGAGCUGCAGUUAGUAAAAACACACAGGACACCAUGAUACCAUACCCGGACUGUGGUUCAAAGAUGUUUAAUGAGGAGUAUGCAGCUCCGUUUGAGAAUGUCCACACUCGUUCCCAUCCUUUCUUUUGACAAUCAGUGAAUUGGAGAGGAGAGAAAGAAGGAUACCAAUGUGUGUCAAUAUUUAGAUGACGACAAAAAUGCUGUAAAUAGACUGUAAAUAGCUGGAAAACAUUAUGUCUUUUUUUACAUCCCUUUCCAGUUUGGAUGUAUUGUGUUUCAACAUAAAAAAAAGGAGCCAAAUUUUUUGUUUCUAAUGGGAAGUUUUGUUUCUGUUGUUCUGACGUCACUGCAUCAGUAAGAAAUGAAUAAGUUCAGCUGAGGCUAAAUUAUUUCAUGUGCAACUUGUACUGUAUAGCUCUGUUUGCCCUUUUGAAAUAAAAGAAAUUGGCCAUGUUUA